CCUCCAUCCGCCCCACCAAUGCUUGAUCCCGACGGACCAUCCAGCUUCUGCGCGAGCAUCCGUCAAGCGUCACGCUGUCAACGAUCGCCCAGCGGCAGCUCGACCCGGCUUUGACAAAGCCGUCGACGUUUUCGGUCGACAAGAUGGGGUCAUGCGGCAUGUUGGUCUAUGACGAGCUUGGGAACUCCCAAUCCGGCGGUCUCCAUAUUAUGUUGAAUACUCUCACAUCCGGCGUGGUUAUCCUGACGAUUUUUAUGAAUGGCAACUUCUCGGCCGGGCUUGAGCAAGCUUCCUUCCAAGACGGGAUGACGCUCCGCGAUGUGUUUUCCAUCUACUUUAACUCGACAGACUUUACCAUCCCGGUCGACUAUCCACCGAUUACGCGAGCAAACGAAACACUGACUCGGAUGGCGCCGGCGCUGGCGGUGGCGCUCUGUUUCAUACUGGCUGCCGUGGUGGUGCUGGGUCUGACAUGGAGAUACACUCCGCAGACAGAGGUUGUGCCGAUCGAAGUGGCAAGAUUAAAUCUAGUGGCAUCCGCGAUAGGAUACGGAGUGCUGUUCCUGCAAAUUGGCCUACCAACGACAACCAAGUGUGCUUUGAUGACGUACCUGACCAUGGCUGCAUUCGGCGUCUCCAUGAGCUCACUUUGGACGACAACGCUCAAGCUGGCCCGUGUGGCGCCGUGUCGACAGAACGGCAUAUCCCGGCGGUCGGUCAUGUCCCGGCCUGGCUGGCCUGUGGUCGCCUCUGUGGUCAUGGCCGGAUGGAUCCUCGCCACAAUCGGCAUAUCUUUGAAUCCGCCCGUUGCCGUCGAUGUCCCGGUGGCAAACUUGACGGUCUAUACAAUGUGCGAGCAGUCAUCGGGGUGGUUCGUUGAACUUGGGAUCUACAUCGCCCUCAUGGUCGUGUUGACUGGCUGGACUGUGCGAAACAUCAUGAUCAUGGCAGAGACACCGAUAUUGAAGACCCACGCCACUCUGUUUCUGAUCUCCCUCAGCCACCUGGUUGCCCUGACAGGGAUCCUCGGCACACUGAUGUAUAUCCCAGCCAUGCUCUCGUUCAUUUUCAUUUUUCGGGUGGUCGCACACUUGCUGAUCCCAACGACUGUGGCGGCGCCUAUUCUGGUCUCCAUUGCCAUGACUAUUUGGAGAAGCCCAGGAGAAGCUGGACUUGAGGAGCAGUGGGUUAGCACCGGUGUCAAUAGGUUGAAGGUCGGCCAGAACUCGGUUGAUCUGGCGCGGACAGCUCGUCACAGCGCGUUGAACAUUGGCAUCUGCAAACGAGACGGAAAUGUAGUCGAACUUGGAAAGCUCCACGUUUGGGUGGUUGACUCGACAAUAGUCGCUUGCCCCCACAAUGUACCACACAAUUCGGAGAAGCCAAAGAACGAGCCCUUUGUGCUUCCUCCGAUUGAUACUCAUAACCUGCUCCUGCAAGAUGAGGAUCGGGUCAAGCUGCUCUACCGCAGUCACCCUCAAGUCAACAUAACCUUCGAUGGCUGUGAUCAAGCAGCGGCGUUUGUGAAAUCGUUUGACCGAAGGUUUAUUGCAACCUCGGCUCAAGCCAGCAGAUACAGCAGGAGCAGCAGGAACAGCAGCAUAGGUAGUAAGGGAGGCUAGGCCACAAAACGAACGGGACACAUUAGCUUGAGUCGGGAUUUUUAUUGUUUUCUGGUGCUGAAUAAAGGCACCAGGCCACCGCUACCAUGACCAAACUGUGUGCCUAUAGUGCUUGGAAGCCAGUCGAAUCAAGAAGGCCGAGUAUCUUGAUAUAGAGAAUUAUGGAACUGUCUAGAAGGUUGAAUCCAUCCACCACGCUCCCACACCGAGACAUCAGCACAGCCAAGAACACAAUCUCGGUAUGCUAUUGGGCCGUCGCCACAGGAGAUCGACCGGGUGUAUUCAAGACGAGGUUCCCUACACUUUAUUCAGAAAAAAAACG